AUGUUGAUUGAUAAAAAUAUUAUUUAUAAUAAAUAUUUUGAUUCAAAUGGGAUAAUAAAAAGAAGUGGAGUGGAUGCAGAGGAUAAACUGAAGCUCCUUGUUGCUAAUCGUUCGGAAAUUGCUACCCGAAUUUUUAGAACAGCACAUGAACUUUCUAUAUCUACACUAGCUAUUUAUUCUUAUGAGGACCGAUUUAGUAUUCAUAGACAGAAAGCUGAUGAGAGUUGUAUGAUUGGGAAAAUUGGCCAAUAUACGCCUGUUUCUGCAUAUUUGGCUAUUGAUAAAAUUAUAGAGAUAUCUAAGAAUAGAGGUGUACAUAUGAUUCAUCCGGGCUAUGGGUUUUUAUCUGAAAAUUCAGAGUUUGCAAGAAAAGUUGAAGAAGCUGGUAUUAUUUUUAUUGGGCCUACACCUGAUGUUAUCAAUGUUCUUGGUGAUAAGAUUAGAGCAAGAAAAAUAGCUAUGGAACAUAAUAUUCCUGUUAUACCGGGAACGUAUAACCCUAUUUCUACUGUAAAAGAAGCUUUAGAAUUUACAAAAGAGUAUGGAUUUCCCGUUCUUAUUAAAGCUGCAUGUGGAGGCGGUGGAAGAGGAAUACGGGUUCUUUAUAAUGAAGACUUAUUCGAAGAUUACAUAAAUAGAGCGAUUUCGGAAGCAGAAGGUGCAUUUGGCAAUGGGUCAAUUUUUAUAGAAAAAUAUCUCGAUAGAGCCAAACACAUUGAAGUACAAAUUCUUGCUGAUAAUGUUGGUAAUAUUGUACAUCUUUUUGAAAGGGAUUGUAGUGUUCAAAGACGCUAUCAAAAGAUUGUAGAAGUUGCUCCAGCAAAAGAUCUUGAUUUAAAUGUACGCAAUGCUAUUCUUAAUGAUGCAAUUAAGUUAGCAAAGGCUAUUAAUUACACAAAUGCAGGGACUGUUGAAUUUUUAGUUGACUUUCAAGGAAAACAUUAUUUUAUUGAAGUUAAUACUCGAAUUCAAGUUGAACAUACUAUAACUGAGGAAAUUACGGGAAUUGACAUUGUUUCAGCGCAGAUUCAAAUUGCUUUGGGCGCUACUCUUCCUCAGAUUGGAUUAUCUCAGGAUUCUAUUUAUCCUCGAGGCUAUGCUAUUCAAUGUCGUAUUAUAGCAGAGGAUCCUGAAUCUGAUUUUCGUCCAGAAAUUGGGAAAAUUGAGGCAUAUUAUCCUCCAGGAGGAAAUGGAGUACGAUUAGAUGAGGGGAAUGUAUUUGCUGGUGCGUUUGUGUCGCCUUAUUAUGAUUCUUUGCUGCUGAAAUGUUCAUGUAAUGGUCAUACAUAUGAAAUUGCUAGGCGAAAAAUGUUGCAAGCUCUUAAAGAAUUUCGUAUUUAUGGAAUCAAAACAAAUAUCCCAUUUUUGUUACGUUUACUUAAUGAUGAUAUUUUUAUUUUAGGAAAAUGUUGGACUACUUUUAUUAAUGAUACAUCAUUAUUUCCUAUUUCUUCCGUUGGAAAUAAAAUACAGAAUUUACUUCUAUAUAUUGGGGAUGUUAUUGUAAAUGAAAGUUAUAUAGAAGGUCAAAAUGGAGAGCCGAAAUUAAAGGAUGAAAUUAUAUUUCCUAUACUUAAAAAUUUAGAAAAUCCUAAUGAAACUAUUGAUAUUACUAAACCAUGUUCUGAAGGAUGGCGUAAAAUUAUUAUUGAAAAAGGUCCAGGAGAAUUUUCUAGGCAAGUACGUGCUUAUCCUGGUUGUCUUGUUAUGGAUACAACAUGGCGUGAUGCUCAUCAAAGUUUACUCGCUACUCGAAUAAGAACAAUUGAUAUUUUGAAUAUUGCUCCUCAUACGAGUUAUGCUCUUAAAAAUGCAUUUAGUUUGGAAUGUUGGGGUGGAGCUACAUUUGAUGUAGCUUUAAGAUUUUUACAUGAAAAUCCAUGGGAUCGUUUGCGUAAAUUGAGAAAACUUGUUCCCAAUAUUCCGUUUCAGAUGCUUUUGCGCGGAUCUAAUGGAUUGGCAUAUUCUAAUCUUCCGGAUAAUGCUAUUUAUUUUUUUUGUAAACAAGCAAAAGAAAAUGGCAUUGAUAUUUUCCGUAUUUUUGAUGCUCUUAACAAUUUAGAAAAUAUUGCUCUAGGAAUUGACGCUGUUAAAAAAGCAGGUGGUGUAAUUGAAGCAGCGAUAUGUUAUACAGGAGAUAUUUUAAACUUUAAAAAAAAAUAUGAUUAUAAUUAUUAUAUGUCUUUAGUAGAUAAGGUUGUAUCUAUGGGAAUUCAUAUUUUAGCUAUUAAAGAUAUGGCCGGACUUUUAAAACCCCAGUCGGCCAAACUUCUAGUUGGGUCUAUUCGAAAAAAAUAUCCAGACUUACCAAUUCAUAUUCAUACACAUGAUAGUGCAGGUACUGGUGUAGUUUCUAUGUUGGCAUGUGCAGAAGCAGGGGCAGAUGUAAUUGAUCUUUGUUCUAAUAGUAUGUCUGGGAUGACGUCUCAGCCUAGUAUUUCUGCAUUUUUGGCUUCUGUUGAAAAUACACCCUUUGAAACUGGUUUAAGUGCGCAACAUGUUCGUAAUAUUGAUGCUUAUUGGGAGCAAAUACGGCUUUUAUAUUCUCCAUUUGACUUUGAUUUAAAGGGUCCUGAAACAGAUAUUUAUGAACAUGAAAUUCCGGGAGGACAGUUAUCGAAUCUGAAGUUUCAAACGGCUAAGCUUAAUCUUGUAUCCCAAUGGGAAGCUACAAAAAAAUCAUAUAUAGAAGCCAAUUUUCUUUUGGGUGAUAUUAUAAAGGUUACGCCUACAUCUAAAGUAGUUGGUGAUCUAGCACUAUUUAUGGUCCAAAACAACCUGACUUAUAGCGAUGUUAUUGAAAAAGCAGAAAAACUCGACUUCCCUGCAUCAGUACUUGAUUUUUUUCAAGGACUAAUGGGGGAGCCGUAUGGAGGUUUUCCCGAACCUUUAAGAACUAAUGUUCUUAAAAAUAAGCGUGAAAAAAUAUUUGGAAGAGCAGGAAAAUUACUUGAACCGAUAGAUUUUACUAAAAUUCGUUCUGAACUUAUAUCAAAAUACGGAACUAUUGAUGAUACAGAUAUUGCUACCUAUAUACAAUUUCCUAAAGUGUAUGAUGAAUAUCAAAAAUUUGUAAAAAAGUAUGGUGACAUAAGUAUUCUUCCAACUUAUUACGUUAUGGCCAAGCCAGAAUUUGGUAAAGAAUUUCAAAUAGAAGUCGAAGGACAGAUCCAUAUAAUUAAACUUCUUGCUAUUGGUCCUGUUUUAAAAGAAACGGGUUCUUGUGAUGUUUUUUUUGAAUUAAAUGGACAAAUUUAUCCUAUUACAGUAACUGAUAAAAAAUCAGCACUUAAAACGAUUUCUCGUCCUAAAGCUGAUUUAUCUAAACAAGGUGAUAUUGCUGCACCUAUGUCUGGUAUUGUUCUUGAAAUUCACGUUCAAUGCAAUUCUUUUGUUAAAAAGGGAGAUGUUGUUGCUGUUCUAAGUGCUGUGAAAAUGGAAAUUAUUAUUUCAUCUCCUAUCUCUGGAAGAGUUGAUAAAAUUAUGGUUCAUCAGGGAGAUAUAAUAAAUGCUGGAGAUUUGAUAGUUACCAUUGCAAAUCAUUGA